UUUCUACUUCUACUAAUACGCCUAAUUUAAUUCUGCUACGAAUGGUCGUCUACGCUGUCGACCAGCUGAAUUACCAGCUACGUUGACGAGCUCUCGAUUCCUCAUUCUCGUCCUCGACCCCUCGCCCCCCUCGCCCCCUUCCCAUACCAUCAUCGCAAACAUGCGACCACCUAGAAUCGCCAUUCUCGCCCUCUUCUUCGCUGCUUGCCUCUUCCUCCUAUGUCGCGCGAUGACAUCGGUCGGUCGCCCUGCGUCUGUGAUAUCUUCCCCGCAAUCAGCACAGAAGUCAGGCCUCAGAUCUUUAUUCUCUUUUUCGACACCAUUCACCCUCUUCCCGCCCAACGCCAUCAUAACCAUAGCCGAUGACAACAGCACCUCAUUCGCGGCGCGGCCCGCCGCUUUUGGGUCCCCGCUGCCGAGCAAGGGCUUGAAUGGACAAUUGUGGAUUGGUAGUGGCUUUACCGAGGAGUCCAUGCAAGAUGGCGAGGGCGAAGGCGAAUUGGGCUGCAGCGACGUUCCCGGCUGGGAUGAUGGCACCUCAAAUGCCGUCUUGAAGCCAUCUACGAAAGAAAGUCAACGGAAACUUAAAUCCGUUGCCGCUGUAGGCAAGACCAAGAGCCAGAAACGGACUGAUUCCAAAGGUCCCCUAGUCGACCGAGCCGCCGCCUCCGAGUCCGAGCCUAAAUCCAAGACUAAGCCGGUCGACGACGGUACCGAUGACUACCUUCACCAGAGCCUAGAUCAGUCGACUAAAUCUCAGGUCGACGCCAUCGCUUCUUCCGGCUCCGGUCAUGCCGAUAUUCAGUCCAUACAGGAGGGAGCUGAGAUUGCCGGCAAGAUAGUUCUAUUGAGUCGUGGCGGUUGUGGCUUUCUUGAGAAAGUGAAGUGGGCUCAGCGACGAGGUGCAAUCGCUCUCAUCGUUGGCGAUAACCAAAGAGGUGGCCCGUUAAUACAGAUGUACGCUCACGGAGACACUUCUAAUGUUACCAUCCCUUCCAUCUUCACUUCCCGUACGACCGCGUAUCUACUCUCACUCAUGAUGCAGCCCGGGAGUUUUAUCGAAGACAUCGUUGAUGAGAACGGCAAACCUUCGUUGAAAGUGCAGCAGUCCGAUAAAGCUCGAAAGAAUAGGAAAGCGAGAAACGCAGUCGUACCGGCCCAACCUCUGAAACUUCCCCUGAAGUCUAAAGGCGUGAAGUCUCAAAUACCCAAAAAGCAUCCGUCAUCGAGUGAUGAGCCUUCAAGUUCGUCGUCAAGCUGGUUUCCCAAACUUUUCGGCUGGGGCUCUACUUCCAGCUCGAGCUCGGCUGCCAGUGGAAGCCGCCCGCCCAGCAGUGGUCAGCUUGACUGGGUGCUUGUCGAGGACUUUUCAGAUGAGAAGGAUAAGGUGAUUAAAAGUAGUCUGGAGCGCGCUGCAAAAGCUAGGUCAAAUGGAGUUUCGAAACCAAAGACUAAAAACAUUCCUGGCGAUAAUUUCCAGAUAGGUGUGGAGGACUGGCGAGAUCCGGAUCUACUCGGCUCUUCCGAUCAAGACGACGGCUUACAGGAGUCGAUCGAGGGUAACGAGAAGCUCUCUAGACCAAAUGCAAGGUCUGAUCAAGUAUCCGAUGCCGAGAUCUCGGAAAGCAAAAAGCAGAAUACUAAUUUGUCGAAGGGUGGCAGAGUCACCCCUGGCAGCGGAGAAUAUGCCGCACGCCGUAUGCCUGCCAAGGGAUCUGACGCUAUCGGGUCAACCAGAGGGAAGAUACCAGCCUCAAGUAACGGCGGUCUGAUCUCGAAGAUAUUCGGGGAUGAUGAUGAAGAAGUAGACUUCAACAAGGCCGAGGCCCAGUCGAAGCCGAUCGAUACAUCCAACGUUGGAAAACCUGCUCCUGGCUCGGGAGGUUCUUCCCCCCUGGAUGAACGGGAGGGACUUUGGGUCGUCAUCACCCCCUCAAGUGGUGCCAGUCCUUUUUUCGACACUCUCUUGGUUCUGGUGAUUAGUCCUCUUAUCACGCUGACGGUAGUAUAUGCUUUGCUCAUCUUACGAGCGCGUAUUCGACGAAGGAGAUGGCGAGCCCCCAAGUCUGUAGUUGAACAGCUCCCGGUUCGUACUUAUCAUACCGUAGCAUCUACGCCAAGUCGUACUUCCAGAGUGCCCUCGCCGACCAGUUCGUCUCCGACGACGCCAUUGCUACAGAGCCAGCACGGCCCGUCGAGGCCCAGGCCACGGUCGCGAACCACGACUGGCGUGCCGUCAGCCGGUGACCUUUUGCAGAUCGAGUCCUCACUGUCCCUCCCUAGGUCUCCGUCACGCCCGGAGCAUGAGAAACGCAAUGCACACACUUCGAGUGAGUGGAAGAAGUAUAUGGGCCGGCAGGUCGAGUGUGUGGUGUGUCUAGAGGAAUAUGUCGAUGGCGUCAGCCAAGUCAUGAGUCUACCAUGCGGCCACGAGUUCCACGUAGACUGCAUAACACCUUGGCUGAUAACGCGGCGACGAACUUGCCCAAUCUGCAAGGGCGACGUUGUUCGGUCUCUAGCCCGCGGUAUGCCAUCCAGCCCACGGUACGAACCCUACCAGGAUGAUAGCGACGACGACCUUGAGGUACAGGCAACGAGUUCUUCGUCUCCCGAUGCUCCCUUAGAGCAAUCGGACGAUCGCGACGUAGAACAAGGCACAUUAUUGUCCCCACACCGCUCGCACCAGGGGGGCUGGUUCGGUGCAUUCCGGAAUAGUUUGCGGGCUAGAUUUCUAUCUCGGUCUAUGCAGACACCGGGAGAGCCUGAUAAUCGGGAUAGGCGAUAGUUUUUAGGUGUUUUUUCUUUCCCCUCGAUUGCAUGGUAUUCUAUAAGACAUCCUCGGCGUUUGGGCACUAUAGCGACAUGGCUUUGUUAUAAACACUGGUUACGGUCUGGGAGAGCAUUAGGAAAUACGGUUGGGGGAUUAGGAA